AAAAUUUAUAAAUUAUUAAUUUAGAAAAAAAUCUUUAUCAAAGAUAAAAUAGUUAAAAAGAUAAAAAAAAUGGAUCAAUAAAAACUACUUUUAGAUUAAUUUUUUGGUGUUGAUAGAAAUCUUUCUAAAAAUGAAAGAAAUAAAAAGAAGGAGCAUUACAGUGAUAAAGAAGUAUGCAUUUUCUAUUUAGUUAGUUAGGAUAUUUGCUACAAAGACAUCUUCCCAAACACUCCCUAUGACGAUGGUCCUUGCAAGUCUAGACAUGAUGAAUUUUUUAAGCGUUAAUUUUAAGAUGAUUCUGAAGAGAAAAGAGCUGAAUUCGAAUAUACAAUUACUAAGUAAGUUAUAGAUUAUAUUUAGAAGAAAAUAGACGAUAUCGAUCAUAAAGUUUAGAAAAAUAAAUAAUUUUCAGAAAAGAAAAAUACUUCUGAUAUCGAGCGUCCAAAGGAAAUCUAAGACAAAAUAGAUUCGUAUGAAGCUUUAAUUAAGCAAAAAAUUGAAUUGAGUAAAGAACUAGGUGACUAGGGAGAAAUCGAAUAAGCUGAAAAGCUUUCUGAUGAAGCUGAAUAAUAUAGAAUUCAAAGAGAUUUACUUAUUAACAGUCACGAUAACAAUCCUUCAAACAGUGGUCUUGCAUAGAAAGAAGUUUGUGAUAUCUGUGGUGCUUGGAAAAUUACAAAUGAUAAGGAUAAAAGAGCUUAAACACAUUUAGAAGGAAAGAUUCACUAAGGUUUCUAAUUGCUAAGAGAUGAGCUUAUUCGCUUGAAGAAUAAAAAAGAAAGCUUAAAAUAACUUUUGAAAAGAUUGGACAAAGAAAAAGAGAAAAAGAAGAGAUCAUCUAAAAGCAAAUCUAAAGAUAGAAAAAGGGAAAAAGAUAGAGAUAGAGAAAGAGAUAGAUCAUCUGGUAAAUCAAGAAGAGACAGAUCUCGUGAUAGAUCAGGAUCUAGUAGAAAGAACAAGAAGAGAAGCAGUUCAAGAGGAAAAGACAAAAAAGGAGGCAGAAGAUGA